AUGCUUAAUUAUUUAGUAAUUGUGAUAUUUCACAAAACUAAACUAUACGAUGGAAUUGCAGUAUUUUACACACUCGAUAUGAUUAAUGACUGGUUUGACAUGAUCAAAAAGUAGAAUAAGAAGAUUCCAACUGAUUUCAACUAUCAAUUUCUGAUGAAGGGUUUGUUUAUGAUUUUUGAUGGUUAACAUGCUUCCUCAAUUAGUAAGGCACUCUAAUUGAUAUUUAAUAUAUUUCCUUAGAUGCCCAUUGAAAUCCAAAAGGAAAUCAGCGAUCACAUAUUUGAUAAUUGCUUCUUCAAGUUUUUCAUGUUUUGGAGUAAGUUAGUUAGAUUCGUUUUUCAGCACCUUCUGAUCUAUAGAAUAUAGCAUCGACUUAGAAAUUAUAGACAGGAAAGCAUCAGAGACAUUUACAAGGAAUUCGAGUGCAUAAAAUUAUAGAAGUAGAAAUACACAGUUGAAGAGAAGGUUAAAUUGUUGAAUCAUCUCAUUUACAUCAAAUAUUCAUAAAUGAUUGAAUUGGUAUUGAAAAUCAAGAGAAAGAUUGCACAGCACAAUCUGUAAUAGGAAAGUUAAUUUCAAUUGUAAUUGGAGGCCAAAUCUCUAAAAUUGAAAUUGAUGAAGAAGAAAUAACAAUAAAAAAAGUAUCAAUUAAAGAGAAUGGAAUCUCCAAGACAUGAUUAAAUAGAUAUCUCAUUUGAAAAGUAGUAAAGAUCAAAUAUUAGUUUAACAUUUAGUUUGAAUGAUCCCUUCUAUAAUUCCGAUAUCAGGGAAGAUGAAAAGUCAAUUGAUCAAUCUCAUGAUAAUGCGAAGGAGAACAAUGUGUCUAAUUAUGAUUAAAAUGAAAUCUAUCUUUUUGAUAGGAGUAUCAGUUCGAUAAUCAACCUGAAUGAUCUAUUGGCUGACAUUGAAAAGUCAAGGCAUUCGAAUAGAAAUAAUUCGGUUGAAUUGAAUUCUGAAAAGAGUCAAAAGAGUAGAAGAGAUGAUAAUGAAAACCCAAAGAAAUUAAAAAUCUAUCAUCGGAUGAACAAACAAGAGAACAUCAAGAAAUCAUUCACUAAAGAACUUUUAUCAUACUUGUUCCCAGCCAUACAGGAAUGGCAAGAGUAAUAGGCUAAUUAUAAAAGAUGGUUUUUGAAGACUCAAGCAAUGAUAAAGAAAUAGUUUAAAUAGGACCGGUAAGAACAAUAAUUGAUGGAUAUUGACCCACCUGAAAUCAACUUGUAUGUACCCAAAGAUGAAACAGAAAAUGAAAAUGUCUAUACAGAUCAUUGA